AUGCUUAACAAGCAUUUUAUAUUUUUUUGUUUAUUUAAUAUUUCUCUAAAUGUUGGCGGUUUAACGGGAGUGGAGGUUUUAACGCCGGCCAAUGGUUUAAAACUUUUAAAAAAUGUCAUCAAACUAACGGAUACACUCUUAGAAGUCACCCCCUAUAUUAAUAUAACCAUCGCUGGAAUACCUCCAAAUUGUGUGCAAAUGCUGUGUAAGUUUGUCUGUUUCAAUGGCAAAUCCAACGAAAUUGAUAAAGACAUUCUUAUGGUGUCCGAGAAAAAUAACUAUUUCUGUUCAACCAUAGAUGAACUACGUCUCUAUAAUUAUGAAUUUCCCAAUAAUAUAAUUUCUUAUGGCUUUCUGGGCAACUAUAGUGACAAAAUCAUAACCCUAUAUCUGGCUUCAGCCAACAUAACAGACAUUGAGGCAGGUGCCUUUGCCAAGGGCAGAUUCAAAGAAAUUUACUUUGAAAAUCUGCAUCUUAAAGAAUUGAAAAAGGAUUUCUUUCAGAAUAUAUCCUCGGAUUUUAGUGCCUUAUCGGUGACACAAAAAGAAACGCCACUACAAUCGGUACAUGCGGAUUUUCUGUGUUAUGUCAAGUAUCAAAUUAAAUAUUUAACGCUGCAGGCGGGUAUGCCAAGUGUACGUAAUUUGACGGGAGGCGAUUAUAUAUUAAAUAAUUUGGUGUAUGUGGAUUUUAGUUACAAUAAUUUGGGCAAGCAUCUGGAGUAUACGGCAUUUGGUAAAGUGUCCAUGGUUGAGCAUAUGGAUUUAUCACAUUGCAAUUUAGAAGCUUUGCCAGCAUAUAUAUUUUCCGAUUUCACCUCGACUUUGGAGUAUUUGGAUUUGUCGUAUAAUAAAUUGUUAACGAUUAGUCGUACGAUAUUUGGCUGGAAGGAAGUACCCAGGGAUUUGAAAAUAUAUGCCAACGAUAAUGAAUGGGAUUGUACGUGCGAUUUACAAAAGGAAUUGAAAGCUAUUUUUAUGUACUACAGAACGAGCUUAUUGUGCUCGCAGCCAGAGUGGUAUAAAGAUUGGUCGGCAUUCGAUGAUGAAAUAUGUGGCGUGAGUUCUUUAGAGCCAUUUGCACCUACAGACUCCAUAAAUGAAACAACCACAGCUGGCUAUAUACAUGGCAACAAUGGAAUGCCUACCCUAGCGGACAAUGAAAGACCCUUUAUUAAAGAUACAACAGAAUCUGUUCUAACUACUUCUGCACACUAUAUUGAAAAUCCAAUUUUCAUAACUAAAGAUGAUUUAAUGAAGCUGGAUUGCUCAGCCAGUCACUCAAAUAUCAGUGAACGCAUUACACAGCCCAUGAAAUGGCCCUUAAUAUUAUUUGAUGUUACACCUCAGGAGAAUUUGCGCGUUAAUGUGGUAGUAGCUUCUCCCGCAACUCUUGAUGACUCCUUUGGUCUUAUUUGGUUUAGCAAGGUCACCACCCAGUAUUACAAAAUGGAAGUAAAUUACAAUGAAUAUGGUUUAGGCUGCUACAAUGCCAUUUCCUUUGUCACCACAGUAGAUGAUCUGGUGCCGAAUACCGCUUACACCUUCUGUGUGGUGCAUAAGAAUCAGGUGACAACCUCUCCUUUCAGUUGCAAGUCCACACAUGUGAGUGGUAAUCUGGCGGUACAAUAUAGUGCCUGGCUGACGCAAGACAUGAGAGUGACCGGUUUGUCUUUAGUUAUCUUUGGCAUCAUCAUGUUUUCAUUUGCGGGCAUCUUAAUGAUUUAUUUGCUUUUGAAACGCAAACCCAUUUUACUAAAAGGCAGCAAGAGAGUAACCACCAUGCAUGCAAAUAGUGGUGAUAUUGUGGUAUUGCCAAAGGACAACUCUGUGCAAUCUAUUAAGGAGAAAGAGGAAAAGUUAGCUAGACGUGGUCCCUUUUCCUGUUCCCAAAUACGUCGCAAAUCCAACGAAAGUGUGGCCAGUUAUCAAAGUUAUAUCAACACCAACUUGUAUGAAAUUAUACCAGCAUAUAGCAAAUUAAACAACCCUAACACCUGUACUUCAACUACAACGGAGGAAAAUAGUGUCCAAGAUAUGAAUAAUCAAGACACCGAGAGCUGCUAUCUAACACCUCUGCAAACAGUCUGUAGUUCGGCAAAUCUUGUCAAGUAUGCCGAAAUACCUUAUCGUGCUAAACGCAUGUCCAACGAUGCUCUGCCCGAUGUGCCAGCCGAUCAACCACCACCCUCUUUGGACCUUAAUGAGACAUUAGAUAAACCGGAAUAUGCGCAAGUGGGCACAUUUUACGCAUUAGAUAGUCAAGUGUAGA